AUGAUUAAUCUUAUUAACUACGUGAAGCAACCGUUUCACAAUGAUAACGAGUGGAUACGUAAGGAUGUUGUUAGAAGCUGCAAGUAUUUAGCUGACAGAGAUGAUCUGAUUGUUACGAAAGCAGACAAAGGCAAAUCAACGGUAGUUAUGAAUAGAGCUGAAUAUGAGACAAAAAUGUUAGCAUUGGUGAAUGACAAAGAAACGUACGAAGAGAUCAGGAACGAUCUGACGGUAUCCACGUUGAAACAAAUUAACACGAUGUUUGACCAAUGGUGUGAUGCAGAAUGGAUAGAAAAAACUACGAAACAAAGAUUGAAGGUUUAUAAUUGCAACCCGCCACGGAUAUACGGAUUACCAAAAACGCACAAGGAUGGAAUUCCAUUGCGGAUUAUCAAUUCCGAGAUUGGUACAGCCACGUACAAUGCCGCAAAGUUUGUUAUAUCGAUCCUGAACUGCAUUGUAGGUAAAACAGAACAUCAUAUCGUAAAUAGUUUUGAUUUUGUCGGCGAUAUCAGACAGCACACUAUUCAAGACGAUUGUAUGAUGAUUUCUUUGGAUGUGGUUUCACUGUUCACAAACGUGCCAGUGGAUUAUGCCGUUGAAAACGUGAGGUUACGAUGGACAGAGAUAAUGGCACACACCAAAGUUCCUGAAAAUAAUUUCAUCGAUAUGCUACAGCUGGUGUUAUCAUUCACUUUUUUCAAGCAUCAGGGUCGGUUUUUCAAACAGAAGUUUGGAUUACCAAUGGGUUCGCCAUUGUCUCCAGUAGUAGCAAAUAUAGUUUUGGAGAGAAUUGAAAUGAGCGCUUUGGCACAGCUACGCCAGGAAGGGAUUGUGCCAGUCUUCUUUAGAAGAUAUGUGGACGAUUGUUUGGUAGGUGUGCAACGAGAAUAUGUUGAUCGGAUGUUGGAGGUGUUCAACAGUUUCCAUCCACGACUGCAAUUUACUGUAGAGCUGGAGAAUAAUGGGCGAAUCUGA